AUGUCCUCCACCCCAGCAUCCCACGCCGCGCUGGCGAGCUACUACGAGGUCCUGCACAUCACCCCGGCAGCCCUUGACAACGCCGACGACCCGGCCCAGACUCUCAAGCGGGCCUAUCGCCGGGCCCUGCUCCGGCACCACCCGGACAAGAAGGAGAACACCCCCACCCUUAAGGCCGGCCCUUGCCAGCGCCAGAACCAGCACCAGCCGGCCUUCACCGUCGACCAGAUAUCCGCCGCCCUCGCCGCCCUCUCCGACCCGCGCCGUCGGGCGGACCACGACCGCGCGCUAAGGCUAGGCCAAUUUCCGCAUCCGGGGGACCAACAGCAGCAGCAGCAGCAAGGCGCCGACUUCCAGACCGGCGUCGAGACCGCCGACCUGGACGACCUGGCCGUGGACGUGGGUCGGGGUCAGGGUCGGGAACGGGACCAGUGGUACCGCGGGUGCCGGUGCGGCAACCCGCGGGGCUUCCUGCUCGGCGAGGACGACCUCGAGGCGGCCGCCGACUGCGGCGAGCUGAUGGUCGGGUGCCAGGACUGCAGCCUGUGGCUGAGGGUACGGUUCGCCGUCGUCGAGGACGAGGACGAGGACGAAGACGAAGACGACGGCGCCGGGCGGUUGUCGGCGGACGACGGCCGCGAGGGCGGUGGUUGA